CAGGGUCCUCCAGGGAAAAUGGGACCAACAGGUCCAACGGGCCCUAAAGGAGACAAAGGAGGUCUACCAGGUUUUGCGGCUGACAACAGUUUAAUCACAAAUCUUCAAUCAGACAUUAUAAAACUGAUCGACAGAAUCACAGUCACAGAACAAGCGAUGGAUGCUAGCGACAAAAUCAUCAAAAAUCUUCAAUCAGAGGUCAAACAUCUGACAGACACACUCAACGGAAUAGAAAAAGCUUCAAGAUUUCGCACGUUCAAGAAUGUUGGAGGGAAAUACUAUGUGUCUAACGGGCUGGAAGCAAACUUCGGUGACGGAGUGAAGUUCUGCACAGAUGUUGGGGGUAAAAUGGUCCUGCCAACUAAUGAAGAUGAGAACACAUUGUUAUCUUCAAUGCAUGCUGUCCUUGGCUCUACUUAUAUUUUGAUUGGAAUAACAGACGAGGAGAGUGAGGGGACAUUUGUGGAUCUGGACAACAGACCUUUAUCUUUCACCAAAUGGAAGAAAAACGAACCUAACAAUUAUAGAGGGGCCGAGAACUGUGCCGUCGUGUACUCUGAUGGUGAAUGGUAUGAUGUUACAUGUGAUUCAAAGUGGCAUGUGGUGUGCGAACUACACAACUGAUAGUGUAAAACACUUUAAAAGUGAUCUGUGAGUAUAUGCUCUGUAGUCU